GAAUUGGAAAAUCUGUUGUGGGCAAAAGCGAAAAAGAAUAGGAAAAUCUGUUGGGGAAUCUACGGAUAGUAAACAAACACACACCUUGAUUUAGGGUCCGAUUCCUUCACAUCACGUCAUGGUUCUUAGAGGUUGUAGGACAAGAACGAGUCUUCCUCUCAAUCGCGAAAUGCAAUUACAAACAUCCGAGCAAAAACUGCACUGCACGACACAAUUUCCAACGUUUUGACUUCAAACAACCCAAUUCGUUAGCUUGGUUGACAAGUUACACCAGAAAUUCGUCGGACAAUGUGGAAAUUCUUCCCUAGGAGCAUAAGAAACUCGAAAAAUAUUACCCCAGAGCAGAGAGUUCCAUGUAAUUUUCUUACCCCACUUAAAUGUUCCAGCAUUGGUGGAGCAUCCCAGGCUUGUGAUAUUUUUUGCUCCCAAUUCAUUUUGGUCCUGUGGGAUGCAUGAAAUAUUUCUCUUAAUUCAAUUUCUUCUUUUGGGCAUCUAUGAUUUUCCUUAGACAAGCUUAGAUUUUGGCCAGAACACAGUUUUGCGGAUAGAGAGAAAUGAUUAGUAGAGAUAGCGGAGUUAUGAAGGCAUGGGAAUUCACGGUGCGGAAGACGCAGGCAGUUGCGAAGAAGCGCGCGAACAGCAUAUUCGGGUUAGGGACGGUGUAUAUGGCUCACUCAGACGAAGGAAGCCACCACGAUGAAAACCCAGAAGCGUUAGAAAUAUACUUAUCAGAGAAGGUUCUUCCUAAUGGGGAUUACUAUAAAGGCCAAUGGGCAGAUAGUUUUCCACAUGGUCAGGGCAAAUACUUGUGGACUGAUGGGUGCAUGUACGUUGGAGAGUGGCAUAAAGGCAAGACCAUGGGAAGAGGAAGGUUCAGCUGGCCUUCAGGGGCCAUAUACGAAGGUGAAUUUAAAAGUGGCUACAUGGAUGGAACAGGAACCUACACGGCCCCUAAUGGUGAAACCUACAAGGGACAAUGGAGUAUGAAUCUAAAGCACGGCCAAGGAGUGAAGUGUUUCUUGAAUGGAGAUAGGUAUGAAGGAGAAUGGAAACGAGGGCUAGAGGAUGGUCAGGGGAAUUACUUGUGGAAGAAUGGGAAUCAAUAUUCCGGAGAAUGGAGGAAUGGAUGUAUAUGGGGGAAAGGGUCGUUUGUGUGGACAAAUGGGAAUAGGUAUGAUGGGUAUUGGGAAGAUGGUUUGCCCAAAGGAAGUGGAAGUUUUCAAUGGCCAGAUGGGAGCGUUUAUGUGGGUAACUGGAGUAAAGAUCCUAAAGAACAAAAUGGAACGUAUUAUCCAGUAGGAUCAUCACAAGAAGCACAUUUAGAAUGGGAUCCUCAAGAAGUGUACAAUGAGUUGAGUGAGUUUCAGGUUUGUCCAGGAGAGAAGGUUUCAAUUUUGCCAUCUCAAAAGAAGCUUGCAGUUUGGAGAUCCACCAAGACUGGGGAUGGAAAGCCAAGGAGAAGGUCAGUGGAUGGGAGGGUGAGUGUGGGUGUUGAGAAGCCGUAUGAUAGAAUGAAUUUAUGGGAUGGUGGGGUGGAUGUUCCGGUCAUUGAUACUGACGCUGUUGGUGAUUCAACUCCUACUGCGGUCAAAGCAUUACAUGAGGAUUUGUUGAACAUGCAUAUAGUUGAUGAUGCUAUUUCAAGAGGGGGUCCACUUAAAGCUCCCAGAAAAUCUAAGAGGCAGGGAGAGAUCAUAUGCAAAGGCCACAAAAAUUUUGACCUCAUGCUCAAUUUGCAACUGGGGAUUAGGCAUUCUGUUGGAAGGCCUGCCCCUUCUGCAUCUCUUGAUUUGAAACCUUCAGCUUUUGAUCCCAAGGAGAAAGUUUGGACAAGAUUUCCCCCUGAAGGAUCUAAAUAUACCCCACCUCAUUCAUCCACAGAGUUUAGGUGGAAGGACUAUUGCCCUGUAGUUUUUAGGACUUUAAGGAAGCUAUUCAAGGUGGAUCCAGCUGAUUACAUGAUAUCCAUAUGUGGAAAUGAUGCCCUUCGUGAAUUUUCCUCUCCUGGUAAAAGUGGCAGCUUCUUUUACUUGACCAACGAUGACCGUUACAUGAUCAAGACAAUGAGAAAAGCUGAAGUAAAAGUGCUCUUGAGAAUGCUUCCAGCCUACUACAAUCAUGUUCGAUCCUUUGAAAAUACACUAGUGACUAAAUUUUAUGGUCUGCAUUGUGUAAAGUUAACAGGAACUGCUCAGAAGAAGGUUCGAUUUAUCAUAAUGGGAAAUCUAUUCUGUUCUGAGUACACCAUUCAUAGACGCUUUGAUUUGAAGGGUUCUUCGCUUGGCCGUAUCACAGAUAAACCUGAAACAGAGAUUGAUGAAACAACCAUCCUUAAAGAUCUUGAUCUUAACUUUAUAUUCCGAUUGCAAAAAUCUUGGUUUCAGGAGUUUUGCAGGCAAAUUGAUAGAGAUUGUGAGCUUUUGGAACAAGAGGGGAUAAUGGACUACAGUCUACUUGUGGGUAUUCAUUUCAGAGACAUAUCAGAGGAUGGGGACCUUAUUCCUUCAGAAUCUUGUAAUCCUACAGUUGAUAUGGAGGGCAAUGGAACUCCCCGUAUUUCAAGAGCUGACAUGGACCAGCUUCUUUUAGAUCCUUCCAGGUGGGCUAGUAUCAAAUUGGGUGUGAAUAUGCCAGCUAGGGUGGAAAGAACGGUGAGAAGAGGGGAUUGUGAACUACAGCUUGUAGGAGAACCAGUUGGAGAAUUUUACGAGGUUGUGUUGUUUUUUGGUGUGAUUGACAUACUUCAAGACUAUGACAUCAGCAAGAAGCUCGAGCAUGCAUACAAGUCCUUUCAAUAUGAUCCAACCUCAAUAUCAGCCGUUGACCCUAGACAAUAUUCAAGACGCUUUCGUGACUUCAUAUUUAGAAUAUUUUCUGAAGACAUUUGAAGAAGCGCAUCAACCAUCUCUUCACUUUUUAUCUUCUCAUGGCACCCUUCAUACUCACUUCAAAGCCUGAUGUAUCCAAACUCAAAUUUUUAACUAGUAGGAUGGCCAGACGUGACUUGGGAUAUCACUCCUCCAAGCUAACUUUACUUCAAUACAUAUUCUUUCAUUUCAUUCAUUUUAUGUACUAUGCAGUACCUAUAUCAUAUUCCUGAACAUGCCACGGAAAAAAGUAGGCCGGCCGCCCUACCUCACCUUCCCUUUUUUCCCUUAACUGCUGACAGAAUACCCAUAGACUUCCUGACCAAUUCAUCUUUCCUCGUAGAUGGGCAAGACAAGAGGGUGAUGAGGAGUUCCGACAUUUGUAUUGGAUUGAAGUGUAUAUAGGAAAAUUGAAAUGGAUAAGUUAAUGUA